AUGGAUAUGAACGCAGUGGAAGGAAGUCAUGAGAUUGUGAUCGUUGGAGGUGGGAUUUGCGGACUUGCCACCGCUCUUGCUCUUCACAGGAAAGGGUUGAGAAGCAUAAUUUUGGAAAAAUCAGAAACUUUGAGUGGCACAGGAGCAGCUAUUGCCAUCAGAGCUAAUGGCUGGCGAGCACUUGAACAGCUUGGUGUCGCUUCAGACCUUAGACUGAAGGCUGUUACCAUUCACGGGUUGAGAGACAUAUGGAUGGAUGUAGGAAAGCAACAAGAAAUACCAGAGGUUGGUGAGUGUCGUUGCGUGGAGAGGAAUGAUCUUAUCAAAGUCCUGGCCGACGCUUUGCCACCCGGAACAGUACAUUUUGGAAGCCCGAUUAUCUCUGUGAAAAUGGACCGGGAAACCACGUAUCCAACUCUUCAACUUUAUGGUGAGAAAUCAAUACGAGCUAAGGUUCUGAUUGGAUGCGACGGAUCCAGGUCGACUGUGGCUGAUUUCCUUGGGCUCAAAAGUACAAAACUUUUUGCUGUUCUCGCAGUUAGAGGUUUAACCAGUUAUCCAAAUGGUCAUGCAUUUGAUCAUGAGCUCACUCGAAUGAGAAGGGGCAAAAUCUUGGUAGGACGAGUUCCAAUUACUGAUGAGUUAGUAUAUUGGUUUGUUGUUCUACCUUGGAUUCCUUCAGAUGAAAAGUUGACUCGUGAUCCAGAAGUGAUCAGACGAUUAACCUCAAGUAAAAUGAGCGGUUUCCCAAGUGAUGCAAUGGAAAUGAUAGAAAAGGCUAGGGUGGAUUCGUUGUCUCUGACUCGCUUGAGGCAUCGUGCUCCAUGGGACUUACUACUAACGACAUUUAGGAAAGGGACGGUGACAGUAGCUGGAGAUGCAAUGCAUGUAAUGGGUCCAUUCCUAGGACAAGGUGGUUCGGCUGCUCUAGAAGAUGCUGUUGUCCUAGCCAGGUGUUUGGCACGAAAAGUAAGAGCUGAAGACUUGUCUAACUGUGGCAAGCAGAUUCUGAUAAACAAAGCUGGAGAAGCAAUUGAUCAAUACGUGAAGGAAAGGAGAAAACGGCUGGUGGCAUUGUCAACACGAACGUAUAUUACUGGCCUUCUACUGGAAACAAGAUCAUGGCUAGUGAAACUCGUCGUAAUCAUGUUGUUGGUCACUCUGUUUCGUGACUCAGUUGGUCACACCAAGUUGCUGCUGUUGACUUGUCCGGGACCUGCAGUCUGUGAGGUUCUCAAAGGUCAACUUUUUGUGGAUGGCUUAAUUGAGAAACAACUUUACAGCUUCCUUGAUUACAUUUCCAGUGGUUUUCAGCUUAAUUUCAUGGUUGCUGUUGAUUUUACUGCUUCGAAAGGAAAUCCAAGAAGUCCAGAUUCUUUACAUUACAUUAAUCCUUCUGGCCAGUUAAAUGCCUACCAGCAGGUAAGCAGGUUGAGCACUUUAAUUGAAGAACUGUAUUUCCAGCAUCUUCGAUUCUUCCAAAGAAAAUAUAAUAUGCUUUUAAUCGAUGACCAUAUCUUAAAUACCUUGUUGGAUGACAUCAAUAAGGAAUUAUCUUAUGAUAAUUUGGCUUCAGGAUUGAAGGAAGCUCUUCAAAUUGACAAGUCUGCAUAUGAUGCAGAUCGUUUGCAAAAGUACACUGGUCUGAAUCCUUCUUACAGCCCAGCCAAGGGAAAGGGUCCAAUGCCAAAAAUAAAAUCUUUUCCACCAAAAGGCAACAAUUUUGGACAGCAAAGGAGAUCAAUUCCUGCCACUUCUGGCAACUAUUUGUCUACUCCUACACUCACUACCAACAUUUCUCCUAGUUCGACCCAACAACCACCACAAAGUACUGAACAACUUCCUUAUGAUUUUAGAUCAGGUAUUGUGAAUACUCCUAAUGAUUUACCACCUGAUUCAUCCACAUCUGAAUCCUUUUCUCAGGAUAGAAUUGAUGUACCCUCCCCAGACACGCACCUCGAUAAUCAUUCUUUACCAACCCCUACCACAUGUUUGGCUACAUAA